AUGACCUUCCUCAGAGCCUGUGACCUGAACACCGAUAUCCCUUCGAGUGAGUGCAGAAAGCACAAUUCUCCUCCUCCGAGAAGCCACCACGACUCCUUGUCAAAGCCAUAUAUAUUUGACCGUGUAUUCCAGUCAAACACAUCACAGGAACAAGUAUAUAAUGAUUGUGCUAAAAAGAUUGUCAAAGAUGUACUUGAGGGAUACAAUGGUACAAUAUUUGCUUAUGGGCAAACAUCGUCUGGAAAGACACACACUAUGGAAGGGAAGCUUCAUGACCCGGAUGGGAUGGGUAUUAUUCCAAGAAUAGUGCAAGAUAUUUUUAAUUAUAUUUACUCUAUGGAUGAGAAUCUUGAGUUUCAUAUAAAGGUGUCAUAUUUUGAAAUAUACUUGGAUAAAAUAAGGGACCUUUUGGAUGUUUCAAAGACCAAUCUUUCUGUUCAUGAGGACAAAAAUAGAGUUCCCUAUGUAAAGGGUUGCACAGAGCGUUUUGUAUGUAGUCCAGAAGAAGUUAUGGAUACUAUAGAUGAAGGAAAAUCAAACCGACAUGUAGCAGUAACAAAUAUGAAUGAACACAGCUCCCGAAGUCAUAGUAUUUUUCUUAUUAAUGUAAAACAAGAGAAUACUCAAACAGAACAGAAACUAAGUGGAAAACUUUACCUUGUGGACUUGGCAGGUAGUGAAAAGGUUAGUAAAACUGGAGCAGAAGGUGCUGUGCUGGAUGAGGCUAAGAACAUCAACAAGUCUUUGUCUGCUCUUGGAAACGUCAUCUCAGCUUUGGCUGAAAGCAGUACUUAUGUUCCAUAUCGUGAUAGCAAAAUGACCAGAAUCCUUCAAGAUUCACUAGGGGGUAAUUGCAGAACCACUAUUGUUAUUUGCUGUUCUCCAUCUUCAUACAAUGAAUCUGAAACUAAAUCUACUCUUCUGUUUGGCCAAAGAGCAAAGACCAUUAAGAACACAGUCUGCGUCAACGUGGAGCUCACUGCAGAGCAAUGGAAGAAAAAGUAUGAGAAGGAAAAAGAGAAAAACAAGACUCUGCGUAACACCAUACAGUGGCUGGAAAACGAACUCAACAGAUGGCGGAAUGGGGAAACUGUACCAGUUGAUGAACAGUUUGACAAGGAGAAGGCCAACUUGGAAGCUUUUGCAGUGGACAAGGAUGUUACUGUUAUUAAUGAUAAACCAGCUACCACAAUUGGAGUAACUGGCAAUUUCACUGAUGCUGAGAGAAGAAAAUGUGAGGAAGAAAUUGCUAAACUGUACAAACAACUGGAUGACAAGGAUGAAGAAAUUAAUCAGCAGAGCCAACUAGUAGAAAAAUUGAAAACACAAAUGUUGGAUCAGGAAGAGCUACUAGCAUCAACCAGACGGGACCAAGACAACCUGCAAGCAGAGUUGAAUCGCCUUCAGGCUGAAAAUGAUGCCUCUAAAGAGGAAGUGAAAGAGGUGCUACAAGCCCUUGAAGAAUUGGCUGUGAAUUAUGAUCAGAAGUCUCAGGAAGUAGAAGAUAAGGCGAAGGAAUACGAACUGCUUAGUGAUGAACUCAAUCAAAAAUCGGUCACUCUAGCCAGUAUAGAUGCGGAGCUUCAGAAACUCAAAGAAAUGACCAACCAUCAGAAGAAACGAGCAACAGAGAUGAUGGCCUCCUUACUAAAAGAUCUUGCAGAGAUAGGAAUCGCAGUGGGAAAUAACGAUGUCAAGCAGCCUGAGGGAACUGGCAUGAUAGAUGAAGAAUUCACCGUUGCAAGACUGUACAUUAGUAAAAUGAAAUCAGAAGUAAAAACAAUGGUGAAACGUUGCAAACAGUUAGAAGGCACACAAGCAGAAAGCAAUAAGAAAAUGGAAGAAAAUGAAAAGGAGUUGGCUGCCUGCCAGCUCCGUAUCUCACAGCAUGAAGCAAAGAUCAAGUCAUUGACUGAAUAUCUUCAGAAUGUGGAACAGAAAAAAAGGCAACUGGAAGAGUCUGUGGAUUCCCUUAAUGAAGAGUUAGUUCAACUCCGAGCACAGGAAAAAGUCCAUGAGAUGGAGAAAGAGCACUUAAAUAAGGUUCAAACUGCAAAUGAAGUCAAGCAAGCAGUGGAACAGCAAAUUCAGAGUCAUCGUGAGACACAUCAGAAACAAAUCAGUAGCCUAAGGGAUGAAGUCGAUGCAAAGGAGAAACUUAUCACUGAACUUCAAGACCAAAACCAGAAGAUGAUGCUUGAACAGGAACGUCUUAGAGUUGAGCAUGAGAAGUUGAAAGCAACUGAUCAGGAGAAAAGUAGAAAACUGCAUGAACUGACGGUUAUGCAGGACAGACGGGAACAAGCGAGGCAAGAUUUAAAGGGCUUGGAAGAGACUGUGGCAAAAGAACUUCAGACUCUUCACAAUCUUCGAAAGCUGUUUGUUCAAGAUCUGGCUACUAGAGUGAAAAAGAGUGCCGAGAUAGACUCGGAUGACACAGGAGGCAGUGCUGCUCAAAAACAGAAGAUUUCCUUCCUUGAGAAUAAUCUUGAACAGCUUACAAAGGUUCAUAAGCAGCUGGUACGUGAUAAUGCAGAUCUUCGCUGUGAACUUCCUAAACUGGAGAAGCGACUUAGAGCUACAGCUGAAAGAGUUAAAGCUUUGGAGUCUGCGCUGAAGGAAGCCAAAGAGAAUGCUUCUCGUGAUCGCAAACGGUAUCAGCAAGAAGUAGAUCGUAUAAAGGAAGCUGUAAGAUCCAAGAAUAUGGCCAGAAGAGGACAUUCUGCCCAGAUUGCUAAGCCUAUCCGUCCUGGCCAGCAUCCAGCAGCUUCUCCAACUCAUCCAAGUGCAAUUCGUGGUGGAGGUGCGUUCACUCAAAACAGCCAGCCAGUUGCACUGCGUGGAGGUGGAGGACGGCAAGACAAAGUUUGCUGAAAAGUAACUGCAGCGUGAGGAGGAGUGGAUAUCGUGUAGAGGAGCCAUUCCAUGACAAUAAUCUCUCCUUUUGGGGACUGUAGGAUUAUUUUUUGAAAAUGUAUAAAUUAUACCUGGCCUGUACAGCUCUUCCCCCUUCUACAAAUUCUGUUAACUGAUUCCCCCCAAAAAAAUAGAGUGCAAUUUUGGCGUCUUGAAAAAUGACAUGUUACUUAAAGUGUAGCUCUGCUCAUUACACAGUUUGUCUUUCAUGUCUGAAAUUUAGUCUGCACUGUGCCAAGCUGAAUGUACGUUGAGAAAAAUCUUAGUUCAAAUUUUCUAGCUUAAUUUGUGUACAUCUUAUUGUCUUAGGGAGUGUGCAACAGUGUUUAAGUACGCUUUCAUUUUUAUCACUUCACAUAACACUACAUGUCCCACUGAAUUAGAACGGCACUCUACAUUACAGUUUUCUUUUGGAAUGCUACCUAGAGCAUUGGAACUAAAUUUAUUUGUACAGUGUAAGAAUACUGAAGUGUGCUUACGACAACUGCCAUAAGGCACUGCGAUCGCUACACCACAGAACUAAAGAGUUCAGUAUGAACAAGGCUAUUUAACUGUUAUCUGAUUAAAUGCCCGUUUAUCGGGUGAUUUAGAAUUAAAUAUUGUACAGUAAUAAGAGUAAACCUAAGUUUACAAAAAAGACUUUGGCAAUGGAUUAUCCCAUCUGUCCUAUUCUUGAUUCUGCACACAGUACAGUCUGGUGGAGUGAAAAUAUUCUGCUUCAUUCUGAUAAGCCUGUCUAUCCAUUUGUAUCUGUGAUGGUUCACUUUUGCUAUUUUAUAAUAGUGAAAUGAGCGCAAUCUAAAGUUUAACUUGAUAUUCCACUACAUACACAGUACUGGAAUUUUUGGCUAAAAUUUUAACUUUCAAUUAAAAAAAAAUUUUCAGCAACUGGCCGAUGAAUUCAGAUACACUAAUAAAGGAUACAAAUUUUUAAAAUUGAUGUACCUGGAAAUCCCAGAGACAUGUUUAAAAUAAUAAUAAAGCGCUACCCUGAAUUGUAUUUGUAAUCCAUUUGUAAGUAGGUAUAUGAAAUGUCCAAAGUAGCAGUUGUUGAAUAUUUUUCUUCUCUUUGCAAUAAAGUCCUGUAAAGUGGCUGACAAAA